AUGUUCUUGCAAUUGCUUUCGUAUGCUGGUAUUGUGAUUGGAUUUGUGUUCCUCGUGCUAUCAAUUGCUUCUGGUUUGUAUUAUAUUUCAGAAUUGGUGGAGGAGCAUUCUGAGCCAACUAAAAGGUUCCUUAAAAGGUUAAUUUAUACUAUUAGUGGAAUAUUCGUAUUAUUAUGGUUAUUUGAUAGAUUUCCAUUCAAACUUACUGCAUUCUCCAUCUUUUCAUAUUAUGUUUACUUACAAAACUUAAAUAAAUUUCCUUAUGUGAAUUUGACUUCCCCAAUAUUUUUAAUUUCAUGUGUGUUAGUGUUGGCAAAUCAUUUCUUCUGGUUUAAUCAUUUUCAUAAUCCUUAUAUUCCACCUUUAGAAGUUAGAUUACUGCCAAACUAUGAACCACCAAGAAUCCCUACCUUUGUUGAAGUUUGUUCAUUCUUUGGAUUAUUAGUUUGGUUUGUUCCAUUUGCUUUGUUUGUCAGUUUAAGUGCUCAUGAUAACUUGUUGCCACAUCAUGUUCAAUCUGAAAUCGACAAGGAUAAGAAGAAAAACAAUGGAUUGGCUAAAGUUGUGGUUGCCAAUAUUAGAGAAUAUGUUUACGCUAUUACAAGAAGAUGUGGAUACGAAUUAGAUCCUCAUCAUGGUACUAUUAUUUAA